ACCAUGAGCAAACCGGUCAUACUGUACAUUUAUCUGGCGUGCUCUAGCCUUCUGCUUGUGAACUUGGGCACACAAUGUCUGGCUUUUCCCCAAAGAGAAAGGAGGGAGGCAGCGCAUGGUCCUGCAGAAACAGGGCAGCUGCAGGGGACGGACACAGAUGACCUGGAAAAUAGCUCCAUCGCUUCCCAAAAGGCUGCCCAGCUAGUAGUUUCCAGAGACCCAGUGAUGGUGUCAGAAGGCUUGCCAGCAACAUCGUGGCCUCAAGUAUUCUCCCUCAGUCAUGAUGCCCAUCCCCCAGGAGCUGGGCUGCUGCAUCCUAGCAGCUCUGGUGUUUAUAGUGUUACUGAGCCAGAGAUCCAGCCAGGUGAGGAAGUGUUUGGUUCCCGCCAGCCGGCAGAAGUGUCUCCUGGAAGCCUACCUUCCCAGGCCUCGUUACGCACUGCUGGUGUCCUCACGGAUUCUCUGAUGCCUGAUGAGAAGGAGGAGGAGCCCUUCGGUGCAACCCGCACUCAGCCCUCAGUGGAAGGGACCCCAGCAGCAAGGCCGGGUUUCCUUGACGACAAAGCAACUCAAAGUCUGCAUGGACUUAGUCUGGGUCGUUCCCCUUCGCUGCACAGACAUACAGACAUACAGACCACAGACAUACAGACCACCCAUCUGAGGACGGAGGAGUCUGAAGCAGAUGAUAGGAUGGCUUCUUUUCCUCCUGUCACCUCUGCAGCAGGCACGGAGCCUGGAGGUCUCAUGCCGACAGCCAAGCAUACUCAGCCUGCUGCCACCCAGCCCCUGCUCACAGCUUCCGAGGGCACCCCAAGUGUUGAGCCAGAUGUUGACAGCCUACCAGGAGCCCUGCACGUCCCUGAGAGUGUCAGCACAGCUGCUCCAGCAGACUCUGUCUCCAGCGAUGAGUGGGAUGACACCAGGGGUGCAAGCCAGAUAGGGACCCCCGAGCUGGGAGAUGAGACAGAGACACAGGUGAGAGUGGGAGCAUCUCAGACAGUGCAAGUAAGCCCCGGUCCCCUGGAUGGGGGCUACCGUUUCACAGACACGACAGAGGAAGCUCAGGGGCUGCCUGGAAAGGAGACACGCGUGGGGACGGUACGUGGGGCUGAGAGAUCUGCCUUCACUGGUUUGCCUUCCGUUACCCCCACAAGUCUGGUGGAGGAUACAAAAGCACCUGCUGUGAACCUGUGGCAAAGUGCAGGAGACAUUACGGAGGCCACCCGGGAAGAUGGUGUGGUGCUUUUGUCACAGACCACUGCUUCGGUCUCAGAGUACGGGUCCCAGGUCCAUCAGCCAUCGCAAAAUACCUUGAAAGACUUCAUCUCCCCGGAGACGACAACAGAUGCUCCAGAAGCAGAAGCCACUUUCUCCCUGGUGACACCAGGGCAGGGUCCUGGAGACAGCAAGGAGCCGGAGGAAGGACACGAGGCCACAGCGCCCACGUCUGAUGUUGCUGGUGUCCCUGAGCUGUCCCUGGCCACCACCGGUCCAACUACAGUCUUGCCUGAGCUGUACCUGGCAACCACUGGUCCAACCACAUCCAUGCCUGAGCUGUCCCUCGCCACCACUGGUCCAACUACAGCCAUGCCUGAGCUGUCCCUGGCCACCACCAGUUCAACUACAGCCAUGCCUGAGCUGUCCCUGGCCACCACCGGUCCAACUACAGCCAGGCCUUUGUCUAUGCAUGUGACUCCUGCUGUGGAAGAUCUGACAGACUUAGUCACAAGGCCUAAUGAGGAAUUCACCCCGGUUUUGGACUCUCCUGUGACAACAUCAGGGGUGAUGGUGGGCACACCCAGCAUUUUCCCCACUCUUCCUGCUCUGGUGGCAUCCCUGGAGACAAGCACCGCAGCUCCACCCUCUAGCCGUGCUAAUACGGCCGCCUCCUACGGUCUGGACCAACUGGAAUCAGAAGAGAUAGAUGAAGAGGAGGAUGAAGAAGAUGAAGAUGAAGAAGAUGAAGAAGAAGAAGAUGAGGAGGAAGAUGAGGAUGAUAAAGAUGCAGACUCCCUGGAUGAGAGCUUGGAUGGUGACACAGAGCUACCCGUGUUCACUGUCCCCGGCGUCACGUCCCAGGAACCUGGCUUAGAGCAGGACAACAUGGGCCCGAUGGAGGGAGCCACCUACCAAGUGCCAGAUGCCAUCGAGUGGAGACAGCAGAAUCAAGGGCUGGUGAGAAGCUGGAUGGAAAAACUAAAAGACAAGGCUGGUUACAUGUCUGGGAUGCUGGUGCCCGUAGGCGUGGGGAUAGCUGGAGCCUUGUUCAUCUUGGGAGCACUCUACAGCAUUAAGGUUAUGAAUCGCCGAAGGAGAAAUGGCUUCAAAAGGCAUAAAAGAAAGCAGAGAGAAUUCAACAGCAUGCAAGACCGAGUGAUGCUCUUAGCCGACAGCUCUGAAGAUGAAUUUUAAGUUAGACUGGGGUUUAAUUGUGAUCUUCAAUGAUGUGAUUAUUUUGUUUGUAUUUUGAGGCGAAAAGGGAAAAGGGAAAAACACCA